AUGGCACCGAACAAAAACCUUGCUGCGACCGUUUACGGACCGAAUGACCUUCGUCUGGACGAGCGUCCCAUACCGGAUCCCGCCUUUAACGAGGUAGUGGUGGAGGUGGAUAGCUGUGGCAUUUGCGGAACGGACAUCCACUUCCUGAAGGAUGGUGGUUUCGGUGCCCAGCGCCUAAUCAAACCGAUAGUGCUUGGCCACGAGUCGGCCGGUGUCGUGCGCAAGGUGGGCAGCUCAGUGACGCACCUGAAGGUGGGCGAUCGGGUCGCGAUCGAACCGGCAGCCGGUUGCCGCACGUGUGAUCUGUGCAAAGUGGGCAAGUACAACAUCUGCCUGGAUGGGAAACAUUGUACGACCCAGAAGCAUGACGGAAACUGCUCGAACUACUAUGCGCAGUAUGCUGACUGUUGCUUCAAGCUGCCGGACCACGUUACGAUGGAGGAGGGCGCAUUGCUGGAACCGUUGGCGGUUGCCGUCUAUGCUGGCCGGCGAGCUCAGAUAGGUUUGGGACACAAGGUGGUCAUCUUUGGCGCGGGUCCAAUUGGGUUGGUGUGUUUGAUUGCUGCCAGAGCGAUGGGAGCUACCCGUACAGUGAUUCUAGACCUGGAGCAUGCGAAACACCGACUGGAGAUAGCUAAAAAGCUCGGUGUUACCGGUACGAUCGGAAUACGCAAAGAGGACACGGAAGAUGAUCUGGUGAAAAGAAUUCAUGAGAUUCUGGGUGGUCCAGCCGACCGUGUGUUGGAGUGUUCCGGUUCACAGCCCGGUAUGCGAGUGUCGAUCAAGGCAACGAGGAACGCCGGCCGCAUCUGUUUGGUGGGGCUGGGCAACAAAGAUGUGCAGCUACCGAUGGUGGAUGCAAUCUCGCGGGAAAUCGAAAUCAUCACUGCCAUGCGUUACAAUCACGACUACCCAGCCGCGUUGGAAAUUGUCGCCAGCGGAUACGUCGACGUGAAGCCAUUGGUUUCGCAUCACUUCGAUCUGCAGGACGUGCAUGAGGCAUUCCGGGUUGCAUCGCAGGGCGAGGGAAUUAAAAUUAUGAUCCAUCUCGUUCCACGCGACACUAACAACCCUACAAAGUUUAUCAACUGA